AUGGCGCCAGUGUCUACUGCACGACAGUCAAAUGGCCUUGAGCCUCCGCCAUCCUCGAUUCUAGCAACGCACGUUGUCCACGGAAAUGGAGUCACUGACUUUGAUCAAGACAAUUUCAAUCAACUCUUGGCCGAAGCUCUUGGAACCGAUGAUCAAGGACAACCCAAUCUGGGUGCCGAUGUCGCAGUCAAUCACAAGUUGAUUUGUAUCGUCUUCCAAAUAGGCAUCGAGCGUGUCCUCGAAGAAGAUCCUUUUCGCUCCUCCACCGCUGCAGGUAUUCUUACUGUAACCCAAUCACUCCCACACAGUCGGCCAAACAAAACCGUCGUCAUCGACGGGGAAGACUUUGCUUCUGCACUUGCUAGAGGCACCAAUGGCCUCAAUAUCGACGUUCCCAGUCUCAAAUUUCCCUCUCUUCAUCAGCUGUUUGUCGGAUUGGCCCGGGUUUUGAAGGUAGUGUCAAGAUACUCCGAGUCGGCCCAAGCCAAAGUUCAGUUUCGCAAAGUCUUCUCGCGAUUUCGACAGUUCGUUCAAGAGAACGACAGUCCACCAAAUGACGGUGAACACACCGAGAAUCUCAGUGAUGAACUCCGCAUAUUGAGUGUCGCACCCCCUGCGCCACCAAGAAAUUUAUCCGAAGACAACGACGAGCCGUGGCCUGAUAAUGAUCGCGCGCGGAAGCGACCACGACUGUCGACCGAUAACGAAGAUGGACUAUCGAAUGGGACCUUACAACAGAACAUCUGCCGGCGGCUGACCUUGGAAUUGACUGGGAGCGCUUCACCUGAUAUUGAUGGACUGUGUCAAACAUCAUCCGAGCACUUCAAGCGCCUGCCCGAGGAGAAACAAUGCAAUGCACUCGCCUUACUCGGACUGACCGCGUGUCAGCUUUCUUCAUCCACCCUGGAUAACUAUUGUUCAAUCUGUGAUGAGGAUAUUGAAACAGCGAGUACUACUUCCGAACCGGUUUCACCUGCGAGCUCAGAGUUACUCAAGACUUUGGUCAUUCUCAUUCAGACAAUCUCACGCCGAUCCCGAGCAAGAAUAAUUGCAAUGUCUUCUCUGCGGAGAAUCAUUAUGCACGCAAACUCGACCGAGGACUUACACCUUAGCCAAACACCCGCUGGCGACUGGUGCCUUCAGUCUCUCAAGAGUUCCUCCAGAGACUUGAGAAUAGUCGCUGGUAGAACUUUACAGGCCUACGUGAUGAGAAGACAACAACACGACUUGUCUUUGGCACGGGAAAACAGAAUCACGGCACUGGAUUUUCUGGACACUUUAUGGCACAAAGAAGACUUUCCCCUGCAGGAGACUACAGUCAUGGCUCUGACGCAGGUGGCUAAAGUUGUCGGGGACGAAGAAUUAAACAUCAUUCUGGUCCGACUUGUAGAGUACCUUGGCCACUCGAACCCAUAUCUUGGUGGUUUGGUAUAUGCUGAGAUUCAGUAUCUUGCCCAGUCCUUGCAAAUCUCAGUGUGGCUGCUCUUUCGGCCAUUCUGGCGGACUCUCGGUGUGGUAUUCGCGAAGUCUUUGAUGUCUCGGUCAAACAUUGCCCAUCAAUUAUCCGAUCUACUCGGCAUGGACAUCACAAGUUUGAUGGGGCACACUGCUGAGUUUGCCCUUCCAUAUCUGGUCCUGCACAAGGCCAAGGAUGUGAUCAGGAAAUUCGCCGAUGCAAGUGGGCAAUCGACCACCCUCUUCGACCUAUGUACACAACGACAAAAUCUUAUUGCGAUUCUGUCGUUCCUGCUCGUACAGCCAUUUCCAGAGGCGGAACAGUCCAUCAUCUCAAUCUUGUCAGCGGUAUCUGAAGACUUUGGCAAGACUGAUCUUGCGGACUGGGUUGCCCUAGACCCCAUCCACAUCACCUGUGAACUCCUGAAAGCGAUCGGGGAUAGCGGUCAGGGCAAAUCUUCCCGCAUUUACCAAGCGCUGCAACUGUUGGCACAACUGGUAGCCCGUCAACAGGGACAGCCAUCUGGUACGAGACGCAGUGAUAGUAUAGGCGCCUUCUUGGAGAAUAAUGUUCUCGCAAUCGUCACACACUUCACCGCUCUCUUGAAUGACUGGGAGGCAAAGGAGUCCAAGGUGGACAAAAGACGAUGCCUCGCCGCCCUGGGUGAGGUCGUCAAGCUGGGCAAGACCCGAAUUGUGCGAGCUCUUCCUCAGAUUUGUACUUGUCUCAAAUCCGGACUGGAAGACCCCGGUCUCUGUGAUGCUGCCUUUACCUCUUGGGCUGCCAUGGUCAAGUCACUCAAGAAAGACGAUUUGAGGCCCCUCGUUGACCAGACCCUAGCAAUUAUUGUCCGCACGUGGGAUGCACUCGACACUCCAUCACAACGGUUAGCAUAUGACUUUGUUGGAGAUCUACUCAAAACCCACACAGAUAUCGUGCGAGAUCAAUUUGCCACAAUGCCAUCAUUGGCUUCGAUACCGACCAUGGCCAAGUUCGAGUCCGAGAUAAUGGCUCUGAAAAACAAGCUGGAUGAGCGUCAGCAACUCAAUGCUUAUAUCCAGAGACUGCAAGACGAAAAUAUCGCCGUUGUUGAACAAACGUUGAUUGAGUUGGCGCCAUUCCUAUACCACAAACAAGAUCUUCUCCAGAGGUCUAUCCUCAGGGAACAGCCUGAUGAGUUCGUGGCCGAGUUGACUCGUGCAUUAUUGGAUUGUUGCGUGAAGUUCAACACAAGCAACGAGGUCUCAAGGCUGUGUGGGCAGUGCCUGGGCAGUAUUGGCUGCAUGGAUGCCAGCAAGAUCGAAAGCCUGAGAGACCGGAAGAUCAUGGUCGUCAGCGGAAAUUUUGCAAUCGCUGAUGAGGUUAUCCAAUGGAUUUUCUUCUUCUUGGAGCACGUACUGGUCAAAGCCUUCUUAUCUGCCAAUACAACACGAGCUCAAGGCUUCCUCGGCUGGGCUAUACAGCAUUUUUUGAACGCUUGCAGGCAGAGUACGUCGUCGGAUGAAUCCGGCAACCUGGCCUCAACCCUAUGGAACCAGCUGCCUGAAUCCACCCAAAACGUUUUGACGCCAUUCAUCAGCUCCAAAUAUACGGUGCAGGAGGUUCGGGCUCCUGAAAAGAGUCACUACCCUGUUUUCACACCUGGUAUGAAGCACCGCGACUGGCUGCGAACCAUAACAUUGGACUUUCUUCACAGAAGCACGGGAGAUAACGUCGAAAUUAUCUUCCCCAUAUGUUGCCGCAUAAUUCAUGGUCAAGAUGCUUCUAUUCCAGCUUUCCUUCUGCCGUAUACUAUGGUCAAUCUCAUAAUUAGUGGCAUAGAGCAAGACACUCAAGACAUUAUCGCCGAAAUCAGUUCAAUUCUCAGCCAGUCGCUAGACGAUUAUGAUCGGAAAGUGCAGGACGACAUUAAACUAUGCAGUCAAACAGUGUUUGAAAUCCUUGACUACAUGUCUACAUGGCAGCAACAAAAGCGCAAACAAUAUGCCAUGCUUCUGGCAAAGUCAGAUCGUGGACUCAAUGAUCUGGUCUUGGGCAAAGCUGCAGAGGAAAUCCGCAGUAUCGAGCGCGUGCUUGAGCAGAUUCCGCCCGAUGUGCUGGCUCGACGAGCGUUGGAAUGCAAAUCUUAUUCAAGAGCCCUGUUUCAUUGGGAGCAGCAUAUCCGGAAAUGCAAGAAGGACGACGUUGAAGCCGAGCUCCAGAGGUUGCAAGACAUUUAUGCACAGAUUGAUGAACCUGACGGGAUCGAGGGUAUUUCUUCUCGAAUGCACGUACUGGAUAUCGAACAACAAGUCUUGGAGCACAAGAAAGCCGGUCGGUGGACUGCUGCUCAAAGCUGGUAUGAGAUGCAACUGGUGGCUUGUCCAGACGACAGUGAUGCGCAAAAGAACUUGAUGGCUUGCCUCAAGGAGUCCGGACAGUAUGACGCCCUCCUUCACCACUUCAAUGGUAUUAAGAGCCGCAGCAGCAGUUCCACAACUUUACUGGCUCCUUACGCUCUUGAGGCCGCUUGGGCAACCAGCCGCUGGGAUCUCCUGUCCAGUUAUAUUCCCCGAGAGAUUGGACACGAUUUUGCUUCGCACAUUGCAGAAAUCAUACUAGCCGUCAAUGCCAACGACGUGGCAAAGGUGACUCAACUGCUUUCAGAGGUAUUUCGCACCACCGCCUCUGAACUCAACCUCAACAACAUCUCCUCAUUCCAGGCUUGCCAUGACACGCUCCUACGCUUGCAUGUUCUCAAUGACAUGCAAUUGAUCGUCCAAAGUCCCAAAGAAGAUCGUGCCGCCGUUCUGGGCACCUUACGCGGACAUCUUGACGUGCUCGGAUCGAACGUCGCCGAUAAACAGUAUAUCCUGGGAAUUCGCCGGGCACUGAUGUCUCUCAGACCAGAUAUGUUCAGCUUAAACGAUGUUGCGGCCGCAUGGCUCUCGAGUGCCCGACUUGCCCGCAAAGCACGUUCAAGCACUCAAGCUUUCAACGCCGUUCUCAAAGCUUCCGUGCUCGGUGACAAGUCUGCAGCAAUUGAACAAGCGAAAUUGAUGUGGUUGGAAGGACAGCACCGAAAAGCUAUCCAAACUCUGGAAGGGGCCAUUGAGUCAGGGGCAUUCGUGGCCCAUGAUUAUGUGGCUGAAAAUGGACCAACAACAAUGACUGUGGAACAACGCCACUCCCAGAACGAAAUCACCGCGAAGGCACAUGUUCUUCUUGGGAAGUGGUUAGCACAAGCUGGUCAAACUCAAUCGGAAGUCAUUAGAAAAACGUUUAGAAAAGCAACAGAAACCUUCAGCAAAGGGGAACAAGGCUGGUACCACCUUGGCCGCUACUACAACAAAGUUCUUGACUCGGAAAGAGCAAUGCCUCCUGGCAAGGAGAGCCAGACUUAUCUGACGGGAGAAACGGCGAAACAUGUUAUCGAAAACUAUUUACGAUCACUCCUCACUGGGAGCAAAUACGUUUUCCAAGCCCUUCCGAAAGUGCUCACACUCUGGCUGGAACUAGUAGAUGGAGAUCUUCCACGAGAUGACCGACGAGGUAGCGCCGAGUUUCACUCCAAAGUUGCAGCGCAGCGAAAACGCAUCAUUGAGGAGACGAAUAACCAGAUCAAAAAGUACACUGACCGUCUGCAGCCGGUACUACUCUAUACCAUCCUCCCGCAGAUUGUUGCACGUAUAUGCCAUCCCAGCAAAGUCGUCUGCGAGAUUCUCAGCAGCAUUGUGGUCAAGGUAGUGAGAGCGUUCCCUCAACAAUCAUUCUGGACGUUGCUGGCCGUGGUUGAAUCACAACAGAAGGAGCGGGCACUGAAAGGUUUGAGCAUCGUCAACAAGAUCGUCGAGGUCGCGAAGAAAUCCAGCAAGGACUCAUCCGCGGCCGAGCUCAGAAGCAUGUUCACCAGCGGCCAGAAAUUCGUCAAGGAACUCCUUCGUGUCUCCGAAUUUGAAAUCAGGAACAAAGUCACGAAAAUCAGCCUCGCCAGAGAACUAGGCUUCAACCACAAAAUCGCCCCUUCGAAACUGGUGGUCCCCAACCAAACUUGCCUUAUUCCCAGCAUGCCCACAAGCUUCGAAUCGGCACAGCUGAAAGCAUUCCGUCCUUUCACGAAAGAACCCAUCACCAUCAGCGCCUUUAUUGACGAAGCCCUUGUGUUGGCGUCUCUCCAGAAGCCCAGGAAGCUCACCAUUCGUGGUUCUGAUGGCAACCUGUACUCCGUUCUUGCCAAACCGAAAGAUGACCUCCGCAAAGACCAACGGCUCAUGGAGUUUAACAACAUGAUCAACCGCUGUCUUAAGCGGGACGUUGAUGCUGCUAAACGGAGACUCUAUAUUCGCACGUACGCCGUUAUUCCGAUGAACGAAGAAUGUGGCUUGAUUGAAUGGGUGGACAACCUGAAGACUUUCCGGGAUAUCAUUCUCAAGCUGUACAAGGAUAAGUCCAUCCAUCCGAACUACAUAGAGAUCCGGAAUCUACUGGACGAGUCCUGCUCAGGAGAUCCCGAGAACGCAAAGAUCUUCACGAACAAAGUCCUCAAGAAAUUCCCCCCAGUGUUUCACGAGUGGUUCGUUGAGAGUUUCCCCGACCCAAGCGCGUGGUUCAAUGCAAGAUUGAGAUAUACGCGGUCGGCGGCGGUGAUGUCGAUCGUGGGCCACGUCUUAGGCCUGGGCGACCGGCAUGGCGAGAACAUUCUUUUUGAAGAAGACAAUGGCGGGACUUUACACGUGGACUUCAACUGUCUAUUCGACAAGGGCCUCACGUUUGAGAAACCCGAGAUGGUCCCAUUCCGGCUGACCCACAACAUGGUCGACGCUAUGGGCGCGUACGGUUACGAAGGCCCUUUUCGAAAAUGCUGCGAAAUCACCUUGACGCUCCUGCGAUCCAACGAGGACGCCCUCAUGACCAUCCUCGAAACCUUCCUGCACGACCCCACCACAGACUUUAUCAACGCGGUCGGACGCAAGAAGAAAGUCGUCCCGGGCGUGCCCAGCACCCCGGUCGAAGUGCUCGAGGGUGUCAGCGGCAAGGUCAGGGGCAUGUUGCCGGGCGAGUCGGUCCCCCUGAGUGUGGGCGGCUACGUCGACGAGAUGAUCAGCAGGGCCACAGACCACCGCAACCUGUGCAGGAUGUACAUCGGGUGGUGUGCUUUCUUUUGA